AUGUCGGGUUCAAGCCUGUCUUCGUCGAGCCCCACGGGCAUGGGCGACCCUCUCGAGCUUUUCGACUUUCACGAGUACGACGCAAACCAAUACCAAUCUGCUUCGACCUUAACUUCUCCAGGAGCUACCAAAGCCCAAUUCACCAUAAAUUCAGCGACAGUAACAACACCAAGCACCCUGCCAACCACGCAGACAUUAUCGGGUCCUAGUCACCAGUACGAUCAGUACAAGCAACAGACACCUUUUGUUCCCGGAGCCCUCUCCAGUACGAUCGCCAUCAAUAAUAGUAGCCAACUCUCCGGUUAUGCUAUAGACUACAUGCCUUCAGAGAUCAGCUCACACGAAGACACAUUCGACUUCAACACUGUACCGUCGCGAAAUAUGAGCACCACUGAUAUGGAUCUCGAUUUCGAACCCCAGGCCGAUGCCUCGUUUUUCUUCUCAGAUACGACUAUUGACCCUAACGCAAUUGGAGGAGAGUCUCAAGCAAUGAUGUCGCCAACUGUUCCAAGCCAGACGAGCAAUGUCGGAAGGAUGUAUCCUGGUAUGCAUCAGCAGGCUGCAUUAGCAAAGGCGCAAGCACAGCAGAGGCAGCAGCAGCAUCUUAUCCAACAGAGACAGAAUCAACAAGUAAAGCAUCAUAGACCAAAGCCUCCUUUGCCAAAGACUCCUAUGCCUUCGGAUCCGAUUGUAGAACAGAAGAUAACUCAGCUUCUUAAUUCCAUGAGGUCGAAAGCUGGUGCUAGCCCUGGCGAUUCAAGCGAUAACUCUACUCUCUCUCCAAUUGCCGAGGCCCAAAAAAGAAGAAGAUGA